AUGCACUCUGUUUUAAGAGCCGCGAGCAACGCCGGCGGGCUUCUCGUGGCAUCGAUCAUCCUGCCGCUAUGCUACCAGCCAGUCGGCGCUCACCCUGCUGAGGCCAACAUUAGAGCUCCCGUCGUCCCGAGGGCUGAGUCCACAGCAGCUCGUGAGCGUACCAGCAUAAACAGCGCGUGGAGGUUCCAACGAUUCGAGGACAAUCCCGACGGGCUGUCGUACAAUGGCACGCUCAGGCCAUGGAUCCUCCCGCAAGCGAACGACUUCAUCAUCGAUGGCAGCCAGUAUCCUUCUCCAUCAAAUAGCACUGCUCCAGGUGCGGAUGUUGUCUACGUGCAAUCCUCCUUCGACGAUUCCUCGUGGGAGCAGCUCAACCUGCCCCACGACUGGGCUGUAAAAGGUCCUUUCCUCGCCGAGGGAAUCAGUGGUGGUAUGGGUCGUCUUCCAUCGAACGGGGUCGGCUGGUACCGCCGCAACUUGACCUUCACCGACGCCGACCUCGACAGCUCCAAGUCCAUCUUCUUGGACAUUGACGGCGCGCAAUCACACGCGGCCGUGUGGCUCAAUGGGGAGUUAGUUGGUGGCUGGCCUUAUGGGUAUGCUUCGUUCCGGGUCGACCUGACGGCUCACGUGAAGGCCGGAGAGGACAACCUUUUGGCUGUGCGCCUGGAGAACGCAAAGGAGUCGUCUCGAUGGUACCCUGGCGCAGGUAUUUACCGCAACGUGUGGAUCGUAAAGACCUCCAAGGUGCACGUCGCGCAGUCCGGCACCAAGAUCAGAACCCCGACUAUCUCGGCCGACUCUGCGACAGUUGACUUGAUUGUUGAGGUCGAGAACAAACUGGAUGAAGCCCAGACUGUUGACGUCACGACUGAAGUGCAUCUUCUUGGAAGCGACGAAGUUGUGGCUACCUUCUCUAAGACGUCGGUGGACGUAGAUGGUCAAGGAAAAGCAUCUGUCAACGGUUCUGUUACUAUCGCAAGCCCUCAGCUCUGGGGUGUGCUUCCGUCCGGCACACCAAACCAGUACAUUGCAGUCACGACUGUGUCAUCGGGAGACUCAGUUCUCGAUACAUACGAGUCCAAGUUUGGCAUUCGCUCUGUAGAGUACACCUCAGAGGGUCUCUACGUCAACGGCGACCGAGUUUAUGUCCAGGGAACAAAUAACCACCACGAUCUAGGCAGUCUCGGCGCUGCAUUCAACUACCGCGCUGCUCAACGCCAGCUCGAGUAUCUGCGCGAGCUGGGCUCCAACGCCCUCCGCAUGUCGCACAACCCUCCUGCGCCCGAGCUUCUCGACCUGGCUGACGAGUUCGGCUUUUUGGUCAUCAAUGAGGCCUUCGAUGUCUGGAACCAAGCAAAGGUGGACAAUGAUUAUCACCUCCUAUUCCCGGAGUGGCACGAGGCAGAUCUCCGCUCCUUCGUCCGACGGGACUUCAACCACCCCUCCGUCAUCGUCUGGAGCAUCGGUAACGAGAUUCCAGAGCAAUCCACCGCUGCAGGUGGUGCCACAGGUCAGAUCCUAAAAGAUAUCGUCGACUCCGAAGACGGCACGCGUCCCAUCACCUCAGCACUCAACAACGCCCAGCCCGGCUCAGCCCUAGCCAACGUACUCGACGUAGAAAGUCUCAACUAUCAAGGCGAGGGACGCGGUGCCAGCUACAACGGCAGCUUCCCGCGCUUCCACGCGACCUACCCUGACAAGCUCCUCUGGACAAGCGAGAGCGCGUCAUCGCUCAGCUCGCGCGAGACGUACAUCUUCCCCGUGGUCGGCAACCAGUCAGCCGAGGUGUUCGACGGGUCGGGCGGCAACAGCACAGCGCAGUACGUCUCUGCGUACGAGCUGUACGGACCCUACUGGGGCUCGUCGGCCGAUAAGGUGUUUGCGCAGCAGGACCGGUACCAGCCGUUCGCGGGCGGCGAGUUCGUUUGGACCGGCUGGGACUACAUCGGCGAGCCGACGCCGUACGACGGAGACGAGUACACGGCGCGCAGCUCCUACUUUGGCAUUAUUGACCUCGCUGGAUUCAAGAAGGAUCGCUGGUGGCUGUACCAGGCCCGGUGGGCGCCUGAGGUCCGCAGCGCGCAUAUCCUCCCACACUGGAGCUGGGAUGGCCAGCGCGAGGGCAAGGUCACUCCCGUGCAUGUCUUCUCGUCUGCUGAUGAGGCGGAGUUGUUCGUGAACGGGAAGUCGGCUGGCAGGGUGACCAGGGGCGAGAGUGAGUACCGCUUCCGGUGGGACAACGUUACUUACUCCCCUGGCAGCUUGAGGGCUGUGACCUACAAGGGCGGAGAGGUCUGGGCCGAGGAGGAAGUCAGGACCGUGGGCGCGGCAGCAUCCCUGAAUGUCACUGCUGAUCGCACAGCUAUCGUGGGCGAUGGGUACGACUUGUCGUAUGUCUCUAUCGCGGUGGUUGACGAGAACGGCGACAGGGUGCCAUACGCCGCCAACGAGGUCACUUUCUCUGUAGAAGGUCCAGGUGAGAUUGUGGCUACUGAUAACGGAGACCCAACGGACUUGACUGUCUUCCCAAGUCUAGUACGCAAGGCGUUCAAUGGGUAUGCCUUGGCUAUCGUGAAGGGAACUGGAAAUGGAGACAUCACGGUCAAGGCGAGCGCGGAUGGUCUUGCUGGUACCGAGGUCACUGUGACGGCCUCCUGA